CCCCGCCUCGCGCGGGCCGGGGGGGCGUGGCCUGCGCGCCUAUAAAGGCGGCGGCGGGGCCCGGCGCGCGCCGUCGGUUACGCCACUCGGCGGCUCGCGGCGUGCCGUUAGCGGCGCGGCCCCUGCGCUCCCGUCCCGACCGCCGCCCUGCCCUCAGGUACGUGGUGAGGAGGCAGCUAUUGAACUAUGGCAUUCAACAAGAUUUGUUAUAUUGUAGCCCUUGGAUUGCUACUGCCUUUUUCUUAUGCCCAUACGGACUUCUUCACUUCCAUUGGUCAUAUGACAGACUUAAUUAAUACAGAAAAAGAUCUGGUGGUGUCACUGAAAGAUUAUAUCAAGGCAGAGGAGAGCAAGCUGGAGCAGAUCAAAAAAUGGGCAGAGAAAUUAGAUCAGCUGACAGACACUGCUACAAAAGACCCAGAGGGAUUUUUGGGACAUCCUGUAAAUGCAUUCAAGUUGAUGAAGCGGCUUAACACGGAGUGGGGUGAGCUGGAGAACCUGGUUCUGAAGGACAUGUCAGACGGUUUUAUCUCCAACAUGACUAUCCAGCGCCAGUUUUUCCCAAAUGAUGAAGAUCAGACUGGUGCCGCAAAAGCUCUCUUGCGGCUUCAAGACACGUAUAAUUUGGAUACGGACACCCUCUCGAGAGGCAAUCUUCCAGGUGUAAAGCACAAAUCCUUUUUAACAGCUGAAGAUUGCUUUGAGCUGGGGAAGAUUGCCUAUACUGAGGCUGACUACUACCAUACCGAGCUCUGGAUGGAACAAGCUCUGAAACAGCUGGAUGAGGGAGAAGUUUCUUCUGCGGAUAAAGUCUACAUUCUGGACUAUCUGAGUUACGCCGUGUACCAGCAAGGGGAUCUGAGCAAAGCAGUGAUGCUCACCAAGCGCCUUCUUGAACUGGAUCCUGAACAUCAAAGAGCAAAUGGGAACAUGAAAUAUUUUGAAUAUAUCAUGGCUAAAGAUAAAGAAGCAAAUAAAUCUAGUACGGAGUCAGAAGACCAGGCGGAGAAGGAAACUGAGGUUAAGAAAAAGGAUUACCUGCCUGAGAGAAGGAAGUACGAAAUGCUGUGCCGUGGGGAGGGUCUCAAAAUGACCCCACGGAGGCAAAAAAGGCUCUUCUGCCGCUACUAUGAUGGAAACAGAAAUCCUAGGUACAUUCUGGGUCCUGUCAAACAGGAAGAUGAGUGGGACAAACCUCGAAUCGUUCGUUUCCUUGACAUCAUCUCCGACGAAGAGAUCGAAACUGUGAAAGAACUAGCAAAGCCAAGGCUGAGGCGAGCCACCAUUUCAAACCCCAUAACAGGAGCCUUGGAGACGGCACAUUACAGAAUUAGCAAAAGUGCGUGGUUGUCUGGAUAUGAAAGCCCUGUGGUAUCUCGCAUUAACACAAGGAUACAGGACCUAACAGGACUUGAUGUCUCCACAGCUGAGGAACUACAGGUAGCCAACUACGGCGUAGGAGGCCAGUAUGAGCCUCAUUUUGAUUUUGGAAGGAAAGAUGAGCCAGAUGCUUUUAAGGAACUGGGAACAGGCAACAGAAUUGCUACUUGGUUGUUUUAUAUGAGCGAUGUGUCAGCAGGGGGAGCUACUGUCUUUCCUGAAGUAGGAGCUAGCGUUUGGCCUAAAAAGGGCACAGCGGUAUUCUGGUACAAUCUCUUUCCAAGUGGAGAAGGCGACUACAGCACACGGCAUGCAGCCUGCCCAGUACUAGUUGGAAACAAAUGGGUAUCCAAUAAAUGGCUCCAUGAACGGGGACAGGAGUUCCGAAGACCGUGCACUUUAUCAGAGUUGGAAUGAUGCAGACUCUUCCUUUUUCUCUUCUGUAUUCAAUUUGUGUAAAAUGCACAAAUCUCCUACAGUUUACAGUUGACUAACACUCCACUACAGGUUCAGUCUCCAACUACACCAGUGUUUCAUCUGUGGACAAAACAAACAUGCUUUUAGUUCCCUCUAAAAUAUCCCUUUACGGUUUUAUACACAGAAUAUAUUGAUUUUAAAGGUCUACGAGUGUUACAGAAAAAGAGGACAAAAUACAGAUCAGAGCCACAACUAACAGUGGUGUUGCGUGUGGUGUGCCCUUCACCAUUAGCCUCGCUGCUCAGCCCGGAAAGCCAGUGGUGGUUUGCUUUAGAGUCCUCGCAAAUGUCAGUCUGCUAAUGGUGAAAUAAAUCUCACCAGAUGAUGUAAUGGGAGGACUGUUUUCUAGGAAGGCUGUAUUAAACCAGUUCAUAUUCCUAAAUUUCCAGACAUUGGACUCCUUGCUCUUGUAGAGUGCCUGACCACUACUGUUGAAAACUGUGGGCAUGCUUUGUGUUUCUCUGGGGAACAGGUGAUUAUUGUCUGUUUUAGCCUGUUUUUCCACUUCCACAGUAGCCCAAAUUUGUGAACUGUCUUCCUUCUUAUGCCUCUGGUGAAUUUGGCUUUUAAUCUUGAAAAUGUGAGCCAGCAGUUCCGUGUGCGUAGAUGAGAUGCUUUAGCAAUGCUGUGUCAAAUGCUCACCUGCAUCAGAGCAGCCAGACAACUACAGCCCGUCUUCCUGCCGUUUUUUCUUUUCUUCAGUAAGUUUGUCCACACAACAGGAAACAAAUGCUGCUUUUAUUCUGUCUUAGUAAUAAACUCUUACAUCUAUUCCUUGGGCAGUGGGGAUGGGAAUGUUGCCAUCUUCAUUAAUCAAAGUAAUCGUGCCUUAGGAUACUGGAAUUUCAAAUUGGUUUUGAGACUUCAGGUGAUUAGGUAAUAAUAAGCAGUCACCAUAGAACGCUCUUAUUUCCGAAAAGCCAACUUUGUCCUCUCACUUCUUGAGUGUUUGGUGAGAAAUAGAUGGCCUAUUUAUAAUCCUAAAUCUUUUUUUAGAUGCUUUUUAUUUUGCGUAUGUUUUUCUCUGUCGUGGAUGCUGAACGCGUGCCAUAGCAGUGUCAUGCCUUUAAUCACAGGGCAACUAUUUGCACAGGAUGCUAGAGAAGACACCUGCUCUUGAUAGUUUGGUGUCGCUUACCUGGUGCGGGCUGCCUCCGCUGCAGCCAAGCGUUUCGUGCUGCCUCCCCCUCCUCUUAGCUGUCACUGGUGCUCGUGAGCGAGGAAGCACAGGGAAGUGGGCCUCCUUCAGAGGCUUUGGUGCUGCUUGCUUCACUGCUCCUCUCCCCACCAGCCAGAGUCGGAGUCUUUCUGUUUCGUGGCCAGCGUGCAGAAAAACAGUCCCCGAGUCACUGGUGCCCGCACUGGAAGAACUUGCAUGUCAGUGACUUUCAGGUACAUUCGCUUCUGACGAGUCAUCCUUACACUGAGAUGAAUUUGAAACCUCUGAGGGAGAUGAGACUGUGGCUGCUGUAGCUGUUGAGCUUUUGUCCCGCUGUUCAAAUCCCUGCAGGAGAAAUAACUGCCGUCCCCACUGCCUCCCAGCACAGAAAGAGCUAAGCGGAGCGGGGGCAGAGGCUGCAGGGAGGGUCGCUUUCCUAAGCCAUUUUUCAACAGCAGCAUUUACAGCAAAACGUCUAAAUACUCCACUAGCAGGAGGACAAGAAUCAAAGUGAUCUGCACCAGAUUCUGCCUGUCUUAAAACAGUCUAAUUUUCUGGAUGAUGAUGGUUUUACUGAUGUAGGGGUCAAGCCUGAAGUCUUUACCAAGGAAAAAAUUCCAAUUUUAGUUAAUUGGAUUUUCUGCCUCAAUAAAAUCUUGAAACUUGAGCCAAAAGGUAGAAGAAGCCAACUAUUAACAUGUUAGAAAUACCUCUGGAACAAUGAGAAUACAGUUUAAGGUACUAUAGUUUGAGAAACAGCAUACUUUCAGAAGGUGUAUUUACAAAAGAGACUUAAAAUCUUUGCUGGAAAAUGCAUUAAAUUUCUAAACCUAUUAGCAAUGGGACCUACAGAACUGCUCAACCUUAGCCCUGCCCCUUCUUGUGUUUUGCCAGUGAUUUUUCAAAGAUGUUAAAGUCCAUCCAGCACUUGAGAAAACAGAUAAAAAAAACAAGAAAAAUAAUAAAAAAGUUCCCCCUCACUGCUGUACUGCUCAUUUCAUCAAAAUUGCUAGUACAAUAGAGCAGUGUCUGAAAUAAAUAGAUUCACCAAAAUGAGUUAUCAGAGCAUACUUUUUGUGUGCUAGAUUGUAACUAUUAAAAAGUGUAACAUAUUUCUACUUACCUCAGUUUUCUCCCUUUUACACAGUGUCAGUUGAUUCAUCUCCAUUCCUCUCUGUGGUUUUCUCUUUCUCAUCUUGUUGGCUCUUUUAAAGCUGUUGUUUUUUGGUAACUAUGGCUGCAAGUAAGUCCUGCCACUUUCCUGCAAGAAAAAAGAACACAAUGGAUAAUACAGUGUUAGGAGUAUUAUUCUGGGGCAGUAACUUUCUCUCACUAGCUCAAAGGCAUCUAUAAAUGCUUAUCUAAAAGCCAGUUUUGGGUAGCUAACAAGCACAAAAAGAAAUCAAUGCGUUAUCACAAUGAACGCAUUUAAUAAACAGCAUCUAGUUUUGCUGUUACAGAAAAGCUGUUUUUCUAAAGUGAGCAGAGGCGUUCCUUGACACAGUAAAAUAAUUAAAAGCUAAAAAUUGUGGAAUUUAAGUAAGGUAAAAGACAAAUAUUGGAUGAAAGGUGCCAGCAACUGCUUUAGGUACUGUCACAGGAGAAGAAAACACCAUGGUCUCAGAUUAAAAAGGGAAGGGUUGGAGUGAUGAGAAAUUACAAUUUGGUUAUAGCGAGCAGUGACUUCCCAUCCCUGUUGGAGCAACACCAAAAGAGAAGCAGCAGGCAUGGAAGAAGCUGUUUUGCAAUAUCUGAUCUGGGAAGUUUGCUAACCACUUUACCUCCCUCCUCUCACCUACUACUGAGUAUUUCUAGUGUUAAUAGGCUUUUAAGAAAGGUCUGUUAAGAGGCAUUGUUUAGGGAGUUAAAAACGUUUCAGUGCAUGACUUUUUAAAGCAGUGAACUACUCGAUGACUUGCAGUUCUGCAGAGAACAGAAAUGGUUUGUCUUUUGCCAGUGGAAAAUUUUGCUUGGUUUAGAAAAGAAAAAAUCCACAAAAGCACAAACUCAAGUCUGCUCAGGCACACUAGACUAAAACCUUCCAACCCAGAUCAUUAGAAGAGGAAGGGUAAGUUGUUGGGGUUUUUUUUAAGGUUAUAGACAAUCCAUAUUUCAUCCUUCUCCAUUACAAUAGUGUUCAUACACCUAAUACUAAAUGUGUAAAUGAUAACACAGGUGGUAUUGUUGCUUUCUGCCUUAUCCCUUCAUUUCUCAAAGGGCUUUUGGAUCAAGAGCUUGGCUCCUGUGUGAAUCUAGUUUUGUAUUAAAGAUGAUUGAAAACC